UUUCCGUCUUUUGUUUGCAACACAUCCGGGCGAUUUGACAUUUGAAAUGCGCGGGGUGGCGGCGGUCAACGCCAUCGCGGGUGUGCGACGACGACGUCAGAUCCUCGUCUUAGGGAAUGGCGCGGCUGGUGCUGAAAAGCAAGCGCUUGCUUUGGCAUCCAAGCUGCAGUUGUUCCUUCCGUCCCACGAGAACGUGUCCGUGGCCAUGUGCCGAGUUCCGUACGCCACUCGUCUGCAUGCGUCGUUGCCUCCGAUUGCGCACGUCUUUCUUGCACGUUGCAGCCUCGAUCCAUGGAUAGGUUACGCGUCGUUCAUUCCGACGUCGCCUCCCGACGUCGUGAUCGGCUGUGGACGCUCCACCGUUGCGCUGUGUGCCGGGUUCAAGCAAGCAUUUCCAAGCGUGUUCAACAUCCAAAUCCAACACCCUCGGGUGAAUCUGCGCUACUUUGACGCGGUCGUCGCGCCUUUCCACGACUUUCCGUCCACGAUGUCCCAGCAUGGUCGACCACCUCCGUCGAAUGUUCACCUCACUCCCGGUACCGUGUGCGACAUCUCCCGUGCGUCCUUGGCGUCCGCACGACAAGCCUGGCUCGAUGACCCCUCUUCUUGGGCCCACCUUCCGUCCCCCAAGAUUGCGGUGCUGGUGGGCGGGUCAUGUCGCGGGUACUCGUUCACACUGGAUCGCGCGGCCGCCCUAGUCGCGCACCUGUCACGGCAUGCUGCGACGGCGACGUUUCUCAUCACAUUCUCCAGACGAACACCCCCACCUGUCAUGCGAUUCCUUCAACGAGCAUUCGCUUUGUUUCCGUCAGUGUACAUAUGGGACAACCAGAGCCCAAACCCGUUCAUGGGCUUCCUCGCGCACGCCGCGGCCAUCGUCGCGACCCCCGACUCCAUCUCCAUGGUCACAGAAGCCAUCGCGUCCGGCAUGCCCACGUUUGUGUGCGACUCGCACUUGACCACGGGCAAAUUUGAGAGAUUUCAUCGCCAAGUGUCGCCCUGGGUGGCGGACGUGGCCUCGCUCGACGUUUCCAGCAGCAGCAGCCUACAGAAGGACCCACGACCCACCAGUCAGACAGACCCUUCAUGCCCGCUCGUUCCAUCGCCCGAGCAACUCGCCAUGGACCACGGCGUGGUCGACGCUGUGGGCGGGGCGGUGGCGGCGUUCUGGGACCAACACCCUCAAGACACAAAAGACAUGCAUUCCCAAUAAAAACAAAAAACAAAUCAAGCACAAUGCAUGCUACGGAAGUGCGCCGCGUCGACGUGGUGGACGUUGUCGUCCUUCAUCUGACGCAGGUGCGUCAUCACGUCCGCCGGCCGCGACCCUCGGGGGGCAUGCUACAAACAUUCAUUUGCCGAUGUAUGUCCAGAGUGUGUGUGUACUACUAGUAGUAGUUACUAGUAGUAGUUAGUACCUUG